GGGUGCAGGCCAGGGCGGGGAUUUUGCACUCGCCCCGGCUCUUUCCAACUAUAAACACAGCUCGCGGCGCUCAGCCCCACCACGCCUCCUUCAAGUCCCAGCGAGUUCUCGUGCAGCCGUCUCCCGACUCCAGCCGCCUCUUCAGCUCGCCAUGGACCCCAACUGCUCCUGCACCGCCGGUGACUCCUGCACCUGCGCCGGCUCCUGCAAGUGCAAAGAGUGCAAAUGCACCUCCUGCAAGAAAAGUAAGUGGGAUCCUCUCUUUCCUCUACCCCCUCACUGUCCUCCAGCCUGUCCCCAGCCCUCUACAUCAUCCUCAGGGGAAGUAAAGCAGUCUGAGGAUGCCCCAUUGCAUGGAAGCUGUUGCCUCCUCAGUGAUUCUUACUAGGGAGAGCAGGAAUCCUUCCCUGUGUCCCUAGUACUCAUCUCUGCUACCUCCUCUCUGUCCCCAGGCUGCUGCUCCUGCUGCCCUGUGGGCUGUGCCAAGUGUGCCCAGGGCUGCAUCUGCAAAGGGGCAUCGGACAAGUGCAGCUGCUGCGCCUGAAGCCAGGACAGCCCUGCUCCCAUAUGUAAAUAACAUGACCUCUACAAACCUGGAUUUUUUUUUUAUGUACAACCCUGACCCGUUUGCUACAUUCCUUUUGCUAUGAAAUAAUGUGAGUGGUAAUAAAAGAGCUUUGACUUGA